AUGGCCGACACAAAUUUGACCGAACAACAGCGCACGACAAUCAGAAUGCUCGAUGACUACAUUCUGGACCCGGAUAUGCUUGUAAAGAAAUGUCCUCUCGAUCACGGCCGCCACUACACGAGCUUCCUGGACAUCGAGACACUGCUCAGCUUUCGGAGCGUUAGUAUGAGCGGUAUGAACUCUGUGAAUUCGAUGAUUGAGUACCAGAAGGUCGCAAACAAUGCCAGCAACAGCAUCCGCAUGGCUAUCAGUAUUCAGACGGCGCACAAAUUCACCAUCAAGGACCUCUUCGCAAAACUCUGCCAAAGAAUGUGUGAUGGCUCUGGUUGUGACAAGUUCGCGCCUUACUUGGACGUCUUCACCCUUACUCGACGAUGUCUUUCAGUUGGUGGUGGCUAUCUAUAUCCCAGAGGUCCCAUGUUGUUGGAAAGCUUCUUACCACCUCCAGAUGAGAACAUAGAUCCGACUCCUGAUCAGAAUGCGUUAUUGUCGCUCUCUAAGUUUGAAGCGAUCAAGGGAAGGCAUUCCAAGUACUGGAGCUCGAUUGAUACGUCUGACAUGGGCGAUUGCACAACGUACUACGAUUUUAGAGAAGUCGAGGCCUCUACUAGAUUUGGUAGCAUUUACGGUUUGGAUGACUUCUAUAGUUACCGGAUUGAUCUUGGCUGGAAGUUAUGCUCAGUCCGAGCUCCUUGGCUGAACAUCAAUGGAGUUGAAGUUGAACACGGUAUAUUCUGUGAGCUGUGCGAGGUACCUUGGAACAUGCACGAUGAAGAGACUCCAACAUCGAUCAGUGAAAGCAAAUUGGACUGGUCAGAUUUCGGAUUUGGUGGUGGUUACCUACCAGACCCUAUGUAUAUCCUUUUCAUGUCGACGGAAAAACUCAAAGAGCAUAUGGAAAAACAUCGUUCGGGUCAGUAG